UUUUGUGUCCCAUUAAAAAAAAAAAAAAAAAAAAGAUACAUUUGUGUCUGCUUAGCUAAAUCGGAAACAAAGAAGAAAAAAUAAAAAAACGAAUCUACGUCUAAUCAUCGGGGAUCCCUGGCUGAUCGAAGUGAGAGCGAGCCGAUCCCAGGCCUCCGAACAGAGGAGGCCGGGUGGGCGCUGUGAAUCGGCAUGGAGACGGUUGAAGCAGCCGAAGCAGCCGGGGGACCGGGCGGACUCAUCUGCGCCUCUUUCAGCCAAGAUACCACGUCCCUUGCAGUGGGAACAAAAAAUGGAUACAGGCUGUUUUCUGUGACUUCAGUGGACAGACUGGACCGUGUCCAUGAAAGCAAAAACCCAGAUGUGUACAUCGUGGAGAGGCUCUUCUCCAGCAGUCUGGUGGUGGUGGUCAGCCUCUCCAUGCCUCGCCGUAUGAACGUCUACCACUUCAAGAAAGGGACGGAGAUCUGCAACUACAGCUACUCCAACAACAUCCUGGCUGUGCGCUUGAACCGCCAGAGACUGAUUGUCUGUCUGGAGGAAUCCAUCUACAUACACAAUAUAAAGGACAUGAAGUUACUGAAAACUCUCCUCAAUACGCCAAUAAACCCUACAGGCUUGUGUGCGCUUUCCAUUAACCAUUCCCACUCGUACCUGGCUUACCCUGGCAGCUCAGCCAUUGGGGAGAUUAUAGUGUACGAUGCUAAUAACUUGAGUACAGUGACCAAGAUUCUGGCCCACGACAGCCCCCUCGCUGCUAUAACCUUCAGCUCUUCAGGAACUAAACUAUCCAGCGCUUCUGAGAGGGGCACAGUCAUCCGAGUCUUCUCCGUUCCAGAGGGCCUGAAACUCUUUGAGUUCCGCAGAGGGAUGAAGAGGUAUGUCAGCAUCAGCUCUCUCUCGUUCAGCACGGAUGCUCAGUUCCUCUGCGCCUCCAGCAACACGGAGACUGUGCACAUCUUCAAACUGGAGCAGCACAGUCACAGCCGGGAUGAGGAGUCUCCCACCUGGUCUGCCUAUGUAGGGAAGGUGUUCUCAGCUGCCAGUAACUACCUCCCAGCUCAGGUGUCGGACAUGAUGAACCAGGACCGAGCUUUCGCCACAGUGCGGCUCAACGUCUUCGGACAGAAGAACGUCUGCGCUCUCUCCACGAUUCAGAAGCUGCCCCGCCUGCUGGUCGCCUCUGCGGACGGACACCUCUACAUCUACAACGUGGACCCGCAGGAUGGGGGCGAGUGUGUGCUGGUGAAGAAGCACAGGUUGUUCAGCUCGGACGAGGAUGAAGAGGAGGCUUCAGAGAGUGAAGUGACCGCUGCCCCGGUCAGCCAGUCGUACGCUGCGACUGUGGCCAUGCCCACUACCGUGCCUUCCUCUUCAGCGGUGACAGGUUACUCGGAGGAUGGAGGAGUGAAGAAAGGCGAGGUGAUUCCGGAACAUGAAUUCGCUGCCAGCCCUGUGUGUCUGGAUGACGAGAAUGAGUUCCCUCCAGUGAGCAUUCCGAAUAACUAACCCAGCAAGCCGCACAGUCUGUGUAUGACUGAGCCCAGGCCCCCUCGAUCCGUCUCCCCUGGGAGAGUGAGAGGCUGGGGGGACAGGAACCUGGCGCUCAGGGGGCACCGGCGUGGGGCAGGCACUGGAGCUACACAGCUGUGCCUCUUCUCGAUAGGAUCUUAGAUUCUGGAGAUGUGCAGAAACCUCACAUUUGACUUUCCCUUUAAGAAAAAAAACAAACUUGCAAUAUCUGGGGCCACUUGGUUAAAAAAAAAAAAAAAUUCGAAUCAAAGAUUUAUAAAAAGCACCCAUGGGAAAGUCAUUUUGGUAAUAAUCGACAAUCUUUUUGCAAUAGUGUUGUAGAAGUUUCAGACAGCCUGUGGAGUUCAAUGGCCAGAAAUAAUUCAUAUUGUUUUUUAUUUUUAUGUGUAUUAAUAUCAAUACUAUAUAGUUUUAAUAUGGUAGCUAGCUAUUUUUGUAAUUUAUUAACCCCAGAGCAGUAUAUUAUUGGUUAUAAGUGGCUGAGGUGGAAUUAAGUUGUAAACAACAAGAAUAUGUCAUUUAAUCUGGUGUAGAAAGGCAGGCCAGGCUAAAUAAUACAUGGUCCUUUCUGUCAGGGCUCAAGAACAUGACUGGCAUAAUUCUUGAGUUUGAAACUGUCCAUUCUGAAUUCCCUGAGUUAGCCUGCUGUUAAUUUGCUUGGUCUGUCUUUCUACAACUUUCUGCUUUUGGUCAGUCAAUCAGUAACAUCUCUCCGUAAUGUAGUCCUGCAUGAGAUGAUAGUGAAUUAAGGCAUUAGGAAAAAUAUUUCCCAGGAAUCUUGCAUAGCAAGGAUAUUACAAAACAGAGUGGAGUCUGUUUAUCCAUUGUAGAAUAACUUUUUAUUUUAUUUUAUUAAAAUCAAACUAAAAUAAGAUAUGCAUGGUGUGAUACUGGAUAGAACAAUUUCUACUCUGGAUUCUCUGCCUGUUUAUUGUAUUGAAGUUCCAGACAAUUUUAUGAAGAUAUCUGUCUAGAAAAUCGCUCAGUGUUAGCAGCCUUAGUGCCACACACUUGCACACUAAUCAUUGUGUGAAACCUGUAGAGAUGUCACUGUUGGGCCAUCUUUAAAGAGAUAUCUUACAAUGGUAGCCAACAAUUAGCACCUUUAUGCAGGAGUCAAAAUGUGAAAAUGUUCUUUGUGACUGAACAUGCUGUGUAAAAUGUGAUCGCUUGUAGAAUUACCUUCACCCUCAGUGGAUUAACUUACAGUAAUUACUUAGUGUUUAGAUUGAUAUUAUCUAUAUCUACUGUGCUGCUGUUGGUUGGGAUGCACAGAUUUUGAGGAUCUGAAUGCAAGCGCCGGGGACACGAAAGGGAAUGUGAUGUGUCCAUUAACUCUUGAAAAUGUGCAGUGUUUCGCUGUUCAACCCUCUGAACUAGGAUCACCAUUGUCUAAAAACAAGGAUCUUUAAAGUUCUUGUGAUUUUUAGUGUUCACUAAUGCUAUGUUAAGUCUAGAUAGCUAUUGUCAAGGUACCUCUUCAACCUUUAAUAUUUUCUGAAAAAAAAAAAUAAUAAUUUGAAGGGACAAUAGAUUAUUUUUCAUUUAAAUUUUCAUCUAACUUGAGACAGACAAGUGUGUUCAUAUCCCCUGCUUUGGCUACGAAUGGCCUUCAUUGCAUCCCUCAUGGAUAGGGCGUCUGAUUUUUGGGUGAAAUUCUUUUCCAAAUUCGGGUGAAUGUUUUUUUAAAAAUCAGGUAUAAUUAUUAAUGAAAAAAACAGGUUAAAUGGCGUGUUAUAUAUAUAUAAUCAAGAAAGAAUAAAUAUUUGGAUUUUAUUUAGAAAGAAAUAAACAAAUACUUAAACACAAAGUUGUCAUCAACAGUUUAAAUCCCCAACGUAUGUAUAUUUCCAAACAUUGGGGUAUGCAAACUUUUGAUGACAUCUAUCAAUCUCCCCUCUCUCUCUCUCACACACACACACAUACUGUAUAUGGAGGCAUUUAACCGAUCCAAUGCACGAUAUGGACAUACAACAGUGAAAUGAAAAUGUAACCCAUCUUUUUAAUUCAUAAUUUGCUGUUUCAUAAUGAACUCUAUUAUAACAUCAAUUCUAUGUUAUUUAAUGGUAAGGUAUUGCUAUAUUAUUGACUUGUAUGUCUGAAGAUUUCAGAAAGUUGACAGCAGUACAAGUAGAUUUAUUUAAUUCCUUUGGAAUAGUGAAGGAUUAUUAAAGGAAACAUUUUCUAAAAUGAAAA